UGAAAAUUCUCAAAACAAGCCCCACCUAUUCACCUCGCUUAAUCGAAAUUCAUUAGGGCAAAAAGCGAUUGCUUGAACCAAAGGGAGACGCGAUUUUUUCUGAUCGAACCUGCAAAUUUGCACCCUAAAAUCAAUUUCUUGAACCCUAAACAGAAUAUAGUCGCGAUUUUCAAUCGAUUUGUUGAACCCUAAACGGAAUCUGUGCAAUUUCUGACAAUACAAUCCACCUUUUCGAUCGAAACUGCAAACUUUGACAGUAAAUUCAAUCUAAAACCAUGGCUGACACUCACAAUGAGGAGGAAAACCCAACGCCACUUCGAAUCCUAGAUUCCGGUGGUGCAAGCAGUUCAAUGGCUGCUCCGGUGGAUCAUCUGAUCAGUGAAGGUGGUCAACACGCAGAGGAGACGCUGACGGCACAAGAACAGAGGGAAGAAUUGGCAAACGGUUCUGAAGACGAGGAGUCAGGCGAGAAUUCAGGCCAAGAGGAGUCGUCCGAGGAUUCAGGUGACGAGGAGGAGGCCAACGAAGAAAGGAUUGUGCGGAUCAUAAACUGUAGAGACUACGAGUUAGAGCCUAUAAGUGAGAAGGUACCCUACUUCCCUGUAAGGGUGACGGUGAGGUCGAGUUGGGAUGUUUUUGACAAAAUAAGGGCCCUUUUAGCUUGAAUGAGGAAUGGUGAAAGAGAUUUUUGUUGCACUUAUUUCGGUCAGUUUUUAAGAAUUGGAACAAA